AUGGCAUGGGGUGCUAAGGAUGGAGUUACGGGUGAAGAAUUGACCUCAAAAGACCUGCAACAGAGAGGCAUGAAGGUAGCUUCUGGAUUAAAAAGACGUGGAUUUGCCGCAGGAGAUGUCUUGUGUAUCCUAUCCCCAAACACCAUUCAUUAUCCUGCUGUGUUCCUUGGCGCCACUCUUAAUGGAGGCAUUGUCAGCCUUGCCAAUCCGGCUUAUAAUGCAGAUGAGUUUGAACACAUAGUAAGGAAUUCAGGUGCCACAUGGAUAGCUGUUGGGGCUGGCUUAGAGAAGACUGCCCUGGAAGUUGCACAGCGUGUUGGGAACAUCAAAGAGAUCUUCCUUUUUGAAGGCCAAGUUGAGGGUUGUUCAUUGUUCCAGGAGUUGUUAGAUGAUACAGGAGACCAAUAUGUGCCUCAUACUCAGGUUGAUCCAAUAAAAGAUGUAGUGGUUCUGCCAUAUUCCUCGGGCACUACUGGUCUUCCCAAAGGUGUAAUGGUGACACAUAGAAAUCUUGCUGCAGCAUUUAUGCAGUUCAGAGAUCCACGUACCUUGGGUUUAGACGGCAACGAUGUCAUGAUGUUAUUCUUACCCUUUUUCCACUCACUCGGCUUCAUCAUGAUGUUCUCCUCGCUUAUUAAUGAUUAUAAGGCAGUUAUGUUACCAAGAUUCAUUCCUGACCUUUUUCUGAAAGUUAUACAGGAACAUAAAGUAUCAUGCAUGGCUGUGGUGCCGCCUGUGGUCUUGUUCUUAGCACAGUCUCCAGCUGUUGAUAAAUAUGACCUCACCUCACUUAGGAGGAUGUACUGUGCUGCAGCCCCAUUGUCAGCUGACGUCCAAGAAGCCGUGAUAAAAAGGCUUGGUGGCUCACUAGAGUUGUGCCAAGGUUAUGGGAUGACUGAGUCUGUGGCCUGUAUUUCGCUCUGUUCACAAGAAAACAAAUUGGGAUCUAUUGGUCAGCUUUCCGGAUACAUGGAGUUAAAGAUUGUUGAUGUAGAAACAAGAGAACCUUUAGGCCCAAACCAAGAAGGAGAAAUAUGUAUAAACGGUCCUCAGAUAACUCCAGGAUAUUAUAAAAAUCAAAAGGCAACUGAUGAAACUUUUGCCGCUGAUGGAUGGCUUAAAACAGGCGAUGUGGGGUACUUUGAUGAUGAGGGCUUCCUUUAUAUUGUUGAUCGCCUUAAAGAAUUAAUCAAAUACAAGGGACUGCAGGUUGCACCAGCAGAAUUAGAGGGAUUAUUGUUGCAACAUGAAGAUAUUAUAGAUGCUGCUGUUGUUGGUAAGAAACAUGAUCGCUAUGGGGAACUUCCAACAGCAUUUGUAGUUAAGAAACCUGGUUCACAAGUUACAGCUGAAGAUGUGCAGCAUUUUAUUGCAAGUAAAGUGAGCAACCACAAACACUUACACGGUGGAGUAGUCUUCAUGGAAGCCAUUCCUAAAAAUGCAAGUGGCAAGAUUUUGAGGAAAGAUAUCAAGAAAAUGGCAGAACAGUUAUAAUGGACCUUGUUAUAAACUGUUCCUUGAGAUUUUUUUCAGUUUGUAAGCUUGUUUGCAUUUAUUCCUUUCUGUCCUUGGCAGCAUUGAAUAUUAUGGCAUUAGUGAACAUACGCAGAGGGUUGAAAGAGUUAUGGAAAUGUUAAUUGGUUAUAUAUUUUGUAUAUUUUCCUGAAUUAGUUCUUGUGUGGGAGUGACUGUGAACUGUUAUUAUUUUAUUUUAAUUUUUUUCUUUCUUUCUUUUUUCCUUCUUUUUUUUUUUUUCUUUCUUUCUUUCUUUCCAGUUAACUGAUAUACUAUAUUUUUAGAUAUUGAUUUGUAACCCAUAUUGAUAUUAAAAUUUAACAUAA